UACGCAAUUUUUUGUGUGGGCGUACGGCAGUGAUACAGAAAAUAUAAAUUUAUUAUUUAUUUAUCAUCGUAAUAAUGUAGUCUACACGUUUAUUCUCGAUUGAUAAAGUAUUUAUUGAACAAUACAAAAACUCUGAUUUUAGUGUGUGUGGUCCUACAAUUAUGUUCAAUUAUGGGGACAUUCGAUACUGUAAACAAUUUCUUGAAAAUAUUCUUACAAGAAAAUAGUGCGUUUUCAGUGCAUGUUUUCCUUCGUAGUGUCUUCAGAAAAUAUGUGUUGUUUCCUUGAACCUUAGUUUUUGUGUUGCGACGGAGGUACAGGAGAAAUUUGCGUGAAAAUGAAUUUGAUGCGCAAAUUGCGGGGGGCCGCGAGUUCGGCCCCCGACCCCGGGGAGGCUGGCGCGGCGUCGCACGUGCAGCUCGGCCUCAUGCACCUCAAGAAGCUGUUCGCGGAGUACACGCACCCGCCGCAGCCGCUCACCGACGCCGAGAAGGAUGACAAACUCUACAACAUGCUGCCUCUCUUCUGCAAGGUGUUUGGCACAAGUCCCUCGAGUGAGAUGAAUGAGAAGUUCUGGGACAUACUGUCAUUCUGCCAACAAGUCUCAAAACUGAUGGUCUCUGAGAUACGGAAGAGAGCCAGUAACCAGAGCACCGAGGCAGCCAGCUGUGCCAUCGCUAAGUUCCUGGAAAUAGAGAAUUCAGAAGAGUCAAGCAAUGGCUGGAUGCUACUGUCUACAUUGAACCUUUUAGCAGCCGGUGAUCAGUCAUUGAUACAGGUCAUGACAACAGCAGCUAUUCCAUCAACCUUGGUUAAAUGUUUAUAUCUAUUUUUUGAUUUGCCUGAAAUUCCUGAGUCGGAGGCAGAUGUGCAGGACAGCAACAGUGAAUUCACCCCGCGGGAAAGGAGGAUUUUGUUGCAGAAAAUAUUUGUACAGGUCCUAGUAAGGUUGUGCAGCCACCCUUUCCCAUGUGAAGAGCUGGCAAGGAAAGACGACCUGAGCUUGCUGUUCUCAGCUAUAACAUCAUGGUGCGCCCCACACAACAUCAUGUGGAGGAAGUCAGCCGCUGAAGUUUUGAUGACAUUGUCCAGACAUGGCCUCACACAGUCGGUGGUGCAGUAUAUUCAUAAUAAGGGAUGCGUCGGUCUAUGCAUAGAGAAUAUGCAAAGGAUACCUGAGCUGACGCCUUUAGAAGUAGUAGAGAUGUUUGUAGCAGCUUUUUGUUUCCUGAAAGACUCGAGUGAAGUUAGUCAAUUAUUACUGGACGAUUUUCGGACGUGCCAGGGAUAUGUAUUCCUAUCAGAAUUCUUACUCAAACACGAAAGACAAAAGCCACCCGACUUGCUAACUUCAGGGCUAGAAGAAGAGCGAGUAAGCGGCACAGAAGCGCGGGCAGCCCUCCGGAACCUGGUCCUGAUGGUGUCUUCUCUCUGCGCGUGCGGGUUCACUGAACUCCGGCCGCCCAGAGCUAAUACGGAGCUGUUCCAGCUGCAGGGGUUCGUGCUGCCGCAGCCCGCGGCCAGGGGACAGGCUGUGAGGAAUGUGCAGGCUUUUCAGGUCCUCCAAUCAGUAUUCAUCAAGUCCAACUCCCCAGCUCUCUGCUGCACGAUCUUGGACGCAAUAUCUAGCGUAUACCACGCAGACAACGCCAACUACUUCAUACUAGAGAACCAGAAUACCCUGAGCCAGUUCUCAGAGAGAAUACAUACCAAGAGCGCAGAGAUACAAGAGAAGUUCUAUGAAUUGUUGGAGUUUAUUGUGUACCAGUUGAACUUUGUGCCGUGUAAAGAGCUGAUUUCUUUGUCGUUGCUGUUGAAGGCUAAUCGGUCGAAGAGUUGCAGUAUAUUGUGUAUGAAGACGCUGCUGAAUAUACUCAAACACAACGCCAUAUUCAAAGACGUAUACCGGGAAGUGGGCAUGCUAGAAGUCUUCGUGACCUGCUUAUCUCGCUACGCAGCAUUCCUCAAAGACAAACAAAUCCUCGAAGAAGAAAAAGCCAAAACUGCCGAGAACACUGACCCUUUAGAGUCUCCGAAAGCCCCUGAACGGCGGAAAAGGCUUUCGAAGCAGGAAUCGUUGAUAAAAGACCCUAAGGAAGAUGAAGAGGAGGAAGAAUUGGGGUCGCUGGUGAUGGAAGGGUUGACGGCUUUAUUGAAUGGGAACGCGAGCAAUUGCAACGUGUUUAGAGAGUGCGGCGGCGCCAAGUGUGUCCACGGCAUGGUUGUGCACGAGUCUUGCAGGAAUAAGGCUUUAGGCGUAGUCCGAGAGCUAAUCGUGAGCGGGUCCGGCGAGGAGGACAUGUCGGCGCUGCUGUGCGGCAUGCACGCGGCGCCGCCCGACGCGCUGCCGCUGAGGCUGCACGUGUUGCGCGCGCUGCUGGCCUGUCUGCGCGAGAGCCACCGCACCAGGACUAUAUUCAGGAAGGUCAGCGGCUUCGUCUACGUAACCAGCGUGUUGUCAUCGCUACAGGGCAAGUUGAGCGGCGACGCGGCCAUGUCGCGCGACAUGCUGCAGCUGCUGCACGUCGUGUUCUACACCAUCAGCACCGCCAUGCGCUUCGAGCCGGCCAACGCCAAGUUCUUUCAUCAUGAGAUCUGCACGACGACAUUCUGCGACACAAUAAGGCAGCUGGGCUGCUUCACGGAUGAGAAAGAGCUACCGGUCGAGAUGGAGUCGGGAGACCCUGAGCUGUAUGAGGUGUUCCACGAACUGUUCACUUCGAAUCUAUUGGAGACCACAUUCCCCACCAACAUUCCGGCCGUGUGUAUAAACGCGAUAGUGAUCCUGCGGUUCUUGUACGACGUGGCGCUGGACUCGUUCGACAAGCCGACGUUCUGCGGCUCGCUGAACGUUAAGUCGCCGAGUCUGACGCGACAGAGCUCGGCCAGUGAGCCGAAGCCGACGGGCCGCACGGCGCCCCUCCCCCUCUCGCCCCCCGGGGCGGGCGAGGCGUGGGCGGUGCACGCGGGGCUGGCGCUGGCGCUGGCGCGGCUGCUGCCGGCGGCGCCCGCGCCCGCGCUCAGCCACUACCUGGCGCACGUGCUCAAGAGCCUGCUGAGGAGUGAACGCAACCAGCAAGUGAUGUGCGGCGUCGGGCUGGCGGGGGUGCUACUCCGGGUGUGUGAAAAUGCUCUACGUAACGAGAAACACGCGUUACACGCCCCCAUACAGUACAUGUUGGAGAGAUUGGCCGCGCAUUCGUUGAGGCCGUUGGAGUUGAGAGAGUUCCUUCGCAUGGGCAACCCUCUAAACUGCCUAGCACCGGAGCCCGGCCAGGUGUGCAAGCCGGGUGGUCCUGUUCCACUGACGAGGAUCAAGACUUUGGUGUCUAUGACUACGCCGAGGGAUUACAGAUCACAAAACUCGUGCACGCUGCCGCCAUUCGUCGAAUUCGACAUGUCCGCCGAAGGCUUCGCCUGUCUCUACCUGCCUAGCGUCGCUCCACAGUCGGCCAACCUGAACGCGCUGGGCACGCAGGACAGCGCCACUCUGGGCGGCAUCGGCUCCGGCGACAGAGUAUUCCCACCACAAACCGGCCUCACCUACUCAACCUGGAUAUGUGUAGAAAAAUACUCGGAUCCCCGCACGGAUCCCCACUGCGUCCGUCUACUGACCCUCGUACGGAACAUCAACAACACUCGCGAUGAACAUCUAGUUUGUCUCACUGUGGUGUUGUCUGCGAGGGAUAAGGCUAUUAUUGUGUCUACGCAAGAGACCAUUGUGCCUCAUAACGUAGGCGAAUGGGAGCCGGAAGGCUCUGGCGAGUGCGGCGCGCGAGUGUGGUGCCCCGACCUUCAACACGAGGGGCAGUGGCGCCAUCUAGUGCUGGUGCUCAACCGUGCCGUGCUCAAGAACUCCUCCUUCUCGCUGUAUCUCGACGGUCAACACAUGCACUCUGGCAAGCUCCACUACGUCAGCGCGAACCCCGGCGGCGGCGCGGCGACGCUGUCCGGGGCCUCCAACGUGUACUGUGUACUAGGGACGCCCCCGCAGUGGAGGCGCUACUCGCGGCUCGUGUGGAGGCAGGGGCCCGCGCUGCUGCUGGAGGAUGUCGUCACCGCACAAACAGUCUCAAUAAUUUACCAGCUGGGCCCGCACUACGUCGGUACAUUACAAGCGCCUCUGUUACCCGGACAAUACCAAGAGACGCUAAGCCCAUUAGUGGCAGAAGAAAAAGUCGUAUUCGGGAUCAAUGCGCGAGCUAUGUCGCAGCUUACGUUAGCCAAAAUACGGAAAGUCUACAGCAAGAACGAUAAUAAAGCGAUAGCUAAGCAGCUAGGGAUGUCGUCUCAUGAGAAUGCGACACCUAUAAGAGUGCUACAUAACUCCGCUGGUCAUUUGGCUGGUCCGGCUAGGUGUUUGGGUGGUACUGUGGUUGGUUAUCUGGGUGUGAGGGUGUUUUGCCCGAAACCGGCUGCGAUUAUGAUUGACACAGUAGGUGGAUGCUCGGUCCUCUUAGGCCUUAUUGCGAUGGCACAAGACGUGGAAUGCCUCUACGCAGGUGUAAAAGCGUUAGUUUGUGUAGUUCGCUCAAACAAAGCCGCUCAAGCAGAAAUGGACCGGAGAAAAGGAUACCAGACUUUAGCCAUGUUAUUGAAAAGGAAGAAACAGCUGUUGAACUCACACAUUCUGCAUCUGAUAUUCGGAUUGGUGGGCACGGUGGAUAGUCAGAAGGAAACGUCUUCAAUACCUAAUUUAACGGCUUUUCAGGAUCUAAUAUGCGAGCUUGAAGUAUGGCUCGGCGCUCCAGGCGGCCUCAUCAAAUCGUUACUCGAACAUUUACUAGAGCUAGCCACAGAAACUGCCCACAGGACACACAACCUACGCACAAUGAGAGAGCUACAACUGGUCUCCAAACUACUUUAUAUCAUAAAUGAUGUGAAAAUCGUCAGCACAAAGAACGUACUUAUUCAAUUAUUAGCGGCCUUAUUAGCCGGCCAACCAAGGCCUUCUGAUCUGCUAUGUCUAGGCCAAUUCAUGGCAUUUACCUUACCGUUACCGACGCAGUCAGAAAAAAGCCUGACCCCAAAAGAAAGCGAUUGUGAGAAAGAAUGCGAAGGCGAGCAGAUAAUUUUGAGAAACAAAUGCUUCCAUGUGCUACAUGGUUUGUUGUUUACGCAGAGGAAUCUAGUGAAUACGAUAGUCUGUGAGGAGAUAUCGAGGGUGCUGGGUAUGGAUUGGCUACUGAGUUUUAUGAUGGAGAAUGUCCAUGCGACGACUGUGCUGUGGGCGCUCAGGAUAUUUGUGAUCCUGUGUUCUGGGCAGGGGCAGCAGUCGGCGAUAAUGCAAAGGUUCCGCGAGGGCGUCGGCACGGGCGGCUGGCUGCGGCACUCGGAGCUGACGGCGACGCCGGCGCAGACGGGCGUGGUGCUCGGCGCCAGCGUGCACCAGCACACGCAGCUGCGCGCCACGCUGCUGCACACGCCCGGCUUCACGCUGCUCUCCUGGGUGAUCCUGGCGCACCUGGAAAUACCAGAACUGUACUACCUCCUAUUCGGCCUGACCCUCGGCCAGCCAAUGAGAACGGUCAGCGCGGAGAAAUCCGUCUCUAUGGAGCGAGUGUGGGCGGGCUUAUGGGGCGCGUCACUGCCUUCCAGGCAAUCUGCGGCGGCUUUGUGUGCCAGAAUAACGCUGUGUCCUGAAGCCGUGGUGAUACUGCUUUCGGCUGUAAGGCAGCUGAUUCACAGUGAAACGCCGGCUGAAUUGAGUUGGCGGAACGACCAUGCUACUAAUAUUUUGCAGGUUCUAUUCUCUCUAUACAAUACGCUUCCGGACUUUGUACCAGUCAUGAUGAUGGCAGAAGUAUUGAAUGCUCUCGCCUCAACGCUCUUCCCGCCGAAUGGGACGGAUGACCUUCAUACUGGGAUAAGUGAAAGCGGUGACAGCUCAGGCGCUUCCACACCCGGAUCCGAGAAAGAAGUGGUGAUAGUGAGCGGCGCAGCCAACCUGACGACGCAUCCAGCCAGGGCCGUGGUCAUGGACUUCCUCAAAGUGAUCGUAUUGGACUCACUGCCGCUCAACGUCACGGGCAAAACUGCACCGAGUUCAUCGGCAGAUUGUGUGGGCUCCUCCAUGCUCUGUACCCCAUGUAGUCCCUGCGUUCACCGUUCCUACUUUUAUUACGUAAUUAUUUUGUUUUUAUUUUCAUUUCAUUCAUGUAUGACGACGGCGGUUCUUGCGUUUCACUAUGACACGUUUAACAUAUACCUAGUGAUAGACCUAGUUCUCGACGCGUCACCUCCAAACUCGACAAGCCAGCAGCAGGUGGAAUACCAGACGGAGGUACUGACGACUCUGAUGGAGAAUCUCCUGAACACGGAGUUGUUUUGCACCGAGUCCAACAUCUCCAAUGUUUGCUACUUGGCCGCGCGGCUGGUGGAUAAGCUGUGGCAAGGACAGCUGUCUAGAGAUCCGCAUGAGGUGUUUGAUUUCAUAGUGAAGCUAGUGACACAAGCGAAGAAGAAAUCAAACGUGAUGUCUAUGGAAGGGUUACACCAUUGCCUGAACAGAACGAUACUGUAUCUACUGUCCCGGUCUACGGACUCGAUAGCAGACCAAAUGUCCGUUUUGGAGGCUCUGCACAAAUUGACUACUAAUAGACUCCUAAUAUUCGGCGCGGGCAACCACGAGCUCGAGUUCAUCGGCUGCCUCACGUACUGCCUGCUGCAGCUCAGCGCCAACAUGAAGAUCACGGUGGACUCGCGCAUGCGCACCACCUGGCACGUCAACCCCAGCGGCGACCUCGAGUGUUGCGACGAGAAACUUACUACGCACCAAGGUCGCAACCUAAUGGCGGGCGCGGCGCGUCGCAUCUGGGAAGAACUAUACGCGUGUAAGAAACCCGCCAUAGAAGAGGUAUUGAAGACCUCCCUUGUGGCGGCCACUGGCAACUCUCGCGCCCCGGACCUGCCAGCUGUCAGGGAACAACUAAACGACCAGGCGCACAAGCUGUGGAGCAGCUAUAUUGACACUGAGAGGAAGGCAGUAUACAGAGUGCCGUGGGAACUGCACAACCAGAUUCAGUCGAAGAUACAGAAGGUGACGGGUGGCCUCACCAGGCUCGCUUCAAGGACUAAGGUCAAGAAGGAAGACUCCGCCAAGCAAAGACCUCAUCCGCCUAAAGACCACGCGUUGGCGUAUAUGCAUGAUCAUGUGCAGUUGGUUAGACAAGUCUGGUCAGCCUGCCUGAACACCUACGCUAACACAACCACCCACACCACGCGAUACGUGCAAGCCGAAUGGGCAGCAUCUUGGGCGGAAUUAACCAGGGAGCGAGGGCUAUGGGGCCCGCCCAAGCCCAGCCCUCUGGAUAAAUGGGCCUUAGAUAGCACGGAAGGACCGAAUAGAAUGAGGAACAUGAUGCGAAGGAAUCAUUUGUUUUAUCUGCACUACCCGUACCGGCCGCAGAAUGAUACGGGGGAUAAUAGACAGCUCAAGUACAAAGUGGCGCAAAGCAUUGACAGCAAAGAAUAUUUCCACGUGUACCAGCAGUGGCGCUCCGGCGGCGCCAGCCUCGGCGAGACGGACGUGGAGCACGCCGCGCUGCAGACCUACCAGGAGGAGCUCACCAAUAAUCGUGACAUUUCAGUGGAGACGAACAACGAAGACGGCUCACCAUCGGAUCUGGUCAGCAGCGGCGUCGUGAGCCGCGGGAAUAACUCGGGAGAAGGAAACGAAGACGGUCCGGAUGCAGAAGACGAAGACGAACCCCCACAGCCGCCGCCGGACAACCAGACGCUGCUACGGCUGUUGGAACACCAUGAGAAGAUCUCCCACAUGUUCCGAUGCGCCAGAAUACAAGGUCUGGACACGACGGAAGGUCUUCUGUUAUUUGGGCGCGAGCACUGCUACGUCAUCGAUGGAUUCACACUUCUGAAGAAUAGGGAGAUCCGUGACCUGGACAGUUGUCCUGAUGAUUAUGACCCGAUACUGCCAAGCCAGGGCAUUCAGCGAAGCAACCAGAGAUCCUGCUCCAAGUUUCUGUAUGAGGAUAUAAGAGAGGUGCACAAAAGAAGAUACCUCUUACAGCCCAUAGCGUUGGAAGUGUUUUCAAGUGACGGUAGAAACUACUUACUCGCGUUCCCACGAAAAGUACGGAAUAAGGUGUACAGCCGCUUCACAGCCCUAGCGACAGGCAUGGCGGACAGCGCGGCCGGCUCCGUGGCGGGACAGAAGCGAGGGGUGGCAGUCGAGCAGCCGGGCGGGUUGCUCGCCACUCUCAUAGGAGACACGUCGGUCACUCAGCGCUGGCUGCGCGGAGAAAUCUCCAACUUCCAGUACCUAAUGCACCUGAACACCCUCGCCGGGCGUUCCUACAACGACCUGAUGCAAUACCCGGUGUUCCCGUGGAUCCUGGCAGACUAUGACUCUUUGGAGUUGGACUUGAAUGACCCGGCUACAUUCAGGGAUUUGACCAAGCCGAUGGGCGCGCAAAGUCCGGACAGACUCGAACAGUUUAGGAAGAGAUAUAAGGAAUGGGACGACCCGCACGGCGAGACGCCCCCCUACCACUACGGCACGCACUACUCGUCCGCCAUGAUCGUGUGCUCGUACCUGGUGCGCAUGGAGCCCUUCACGCAGCACUUCCUGCGCCUGCAGGGCGGACACUUCGACCUGGCUGACAGAAUGUUCCACUCGGUGAAAGAAGCCUGGAACUCCGCCUCGAGACACAACAUGGCGGAUGUGAAGGAACUCAUACCCGAGUUCUUCUACCUGCCCGAAUUUCUAGUCAAUUCCAAUAACUUCGAUUUAGGCUCAAAGCAGUCAGGCGUGGCCCUAGGCGACGUGAUCCUCCCUCCAUGGGCCAAGGGUGACCCGCGGGAGUUCAUCCGCAUGCACCGCGCGGCUCUAGAGUCGGACCACGUGUCGCACCGCCUGCACCACUGGAUCGACCUGGUGUUCGGUCACAAGCAGCAGGGGCCGCCCGCCGUGGAGGCUGCUAAUGUGUUCCACCAUCUGUUCUAUGAGGGGAAUGUGGAUAUUUACAAUAUCGACGACCCGCUAAAGAAGACAGCCACAAUAGGUUUCAUCAACAACUUCGGGCAGAUCCCCAAACAGCUGUUCAAGAAAGCUCACCCUAGCAAGAAGAUGUCACAAAGGAGCUCAACCAUUUUGGAUCCCAACAACAUAAUACCGUCGCAGGGCGUCACGCCGCCUGAGAAAUUGUUCUUCCACAACCUUGAUAACUUGAGGCCUUCUUUGCAACCAGUGAAAGAGGUAAAAGGCCCAGUCGGCCAGAUCCUCUACACGGAAAAGGCAAUUCUAGCAGUGGAACAGAACAAAGUGCUAAUGCCCCCGACAUACAACAAGUACGUGGCGUGGGGCUUCGCGGAUCACUCGCUAAGGAUCGGCAACUAUGACAAUGACAAGACUGUGUUUGUUUGCGAGGCGGUCGCUCAGGAGUGUGGCGAGAUUGUGACUUGUGUUUGUCCUAAUGCGAAGACUAUUGUCACGGCUGGGACUAGUACGGUAGUAACAGUCUGGCAGUACUCGGCCAGACGGCGGAAACUGACCGUCAAAGUGUGCCUAUACGGUCACGAAGAGGCCGUGACGUCACUAGCGGCCUCAUCAGCCUACAACCUGGUAGUCAGUGGCAGUCGCGACGGGGUGGCCAUAGUGUGGGACAUAGAGCGCGGCAUGUUUGUGAGGCAACUGUGUGUGGAUGGGGCUUCGCAGCCGAUAGCUGCGCUGGCUAUUGAUGAGCGGACGGGCGACAUAGCCACGUGCGCCGGCAGCUGGCUCCACGUGUGGUCCAUCAACGGCACGCUCCUCGGCUCGGCGGACACGCGAGCUCAGCAGGUUCUGUGCGCCGCCUUCAGCCAGACGCGCGAGUGGGACCCGCUGCACGUGGUCGUCACCGGCAACGCCGACGGCGUCGUGCGGAUGUGGUCCAUAGACUAUGUAGUUGACACAGAAGAGGAGCAAGCACAACCGACAGAAGAACCACAAAGCAUAGACCAAAGCAAAAUAGACCAUAAUACCUCCUUAGAUAAGGUUCCUGACCACCAGUUAUCGGUGCAGGAAAGCGAAGAGGCUAAAUCUGAAAGCGAACUGAAGUCUGAAGAAGAGACAAGGAGGAAAGAUGCGACGAAUAACGAAGGAGAGACAAAGCCAGAAGAUAUUGAGCCGGAAAAGCGGGAAGCGGCGAUAAAACGAGUCGAAGAGUUGGUGAAGCAGAUGAGCUUGUCGCAAGAGAUUGAAGGGAAUCUAGCGAAAUCUACAGGCAACCUAACAAAAUCCGGAUCCGAGAGUUCCCUAUCAGACGCGUGUGAGACAACUAGCGCCAAAGAAUCUUCUAGAACGCACGAAGAAAAAGACACUUGCAGUGACAAUGAAGAAAGGAGGCGAACCUACUCUGACAUGACAGUUGACUCUUGUGAGGAAGAGAAACAGGAGUAUGACAAUGAGAAGGAAGACGAAAAUAAGGAAGCGCCGCAGACGCAAGGGAAUGUGGUACUGAGACGCAAGUCUAAAGGCAUCAAUCCGCUGUUUAGAAAGAGUGGCGGCAGCAUAGGCGAGUCCACGGAAUCGGGUUCCCUGGACGCCGCCCCAGCAUCAGACGCUUCAGCCGAGGGUUCCGCCCUCCGGCCCAGCAAGUCUGACACCAGCCUGACCGACUCGUUCGUGGUUGUUAGUGCUCCCGAGUCGCCCGCGCUCAGUGAGAAGGCGAAUAGGAAGAGUGCCGUGAAGACUACUGAUCCAGCGUUAGCAGGCAGCAUAAAAUGGCGCCGCCGCCUCGUGUUCCGCGGCAAGCUGACCAUGCACACGGCGUUCUCGCGCCGAGACAACGCGAGCCCCGCGCCCGUGACGUGCGUCGCCGCCGCGCGCAGCGGCCGCGGGCUGGCCGUGGGCGACGCCAGGGGCCGCAUAUUCCGCUGGAGCGUCCCGGACAUGUCGAGCUCGUCGGGCUCGAAGGGCGGCCCGGCCGACCACUGGGUGCGCGACGACACGGCCCCCUACUGCACGCAAUGUCAGGUCCGCUUCACAGCGCUAGAACGCAGGCACCACUGCCGCGAGUGCGGCUCGGUGUUCUGCGGGCGCUGCUCGCGCUACGAGGCGCCGGUGCGGAGGCUGCGCGCGCUGCGCCCCGUGCGGGUCUGCCAGGCCUGCCACGACAAGAUACACGCGGGGAAAGACCAUUAGAUUACGCAGCAA